AUGCAGGACGCUCAGAGUGAGAAUCAUGUAGAUGUGCAUACAGAGAUAAUGAUGCUUCGCGAGGCGGUGAAAGAAGCAGUCACAGAGGCACGGCAAUCCAGUUCCUUUUGUCAACGAAUUCAACGAGAUAUAAACGAAUUUUUCCGCUCAGAGGAAGCGACACGACACCGUGGAGAUGAGAAUAUUGAUAGCGCACAACUUAUUCGCUUGACUACAAGUUCAGUGAGUAAGCAACUUUCCCAAUUUGAAAAAUUCCUUAUUGCAAGAGUCCGAGAAGAAUUGCGUAGUAUUACCGGGAGGGAAAGUGACAUGGUAGCCAGAUUGGAUCUAUUUACAGAGAAACUGGAAAGAAUAGACAUUCUACAAAAAGAGCAAGAGGGAAAAUUACAAGCUCUUGUAUUAGAGGCUACACAUAAACAAUCAGCUAUGCGUAAAGAAGUGAAGGGUUAUGCUUCUGAAUUGUGGGAUCACAUUCGUCUCUUGGAAAAAAAAUUGCGUUCACAAUCUUCAGAUAAUUGUAUUUCUUCAGGUGAGAAAAGAAUGUUAGAUGAUGUUAGGUUACCUGAUGUCGCACGUGAGGUGGUUAAUGUAAUGAGUGCCCUCGCCAGUGGAAUGGAGGCAGAGCGCCGUGCAAAUGAAGAAGAACGGCAGCACUGUUUUUUGUUAAUGGAAAGAAUUAUUGAAAAAGUUAAUAUGUUGCAAAAACGUGAUGAAGUAAUAGAAGAAGAGUUAUACAAGUUACAGCAAGUGACGAUAAGAAACAGAGAAAUCAAUCAAGAGAUUGUUAAAAGUGUUGCUCAACUUAGGUGUAGUCCCGCCUUUUCUCCUUCUUCAUCUUCUGCAUCUUCUGCGUUGGUGAACAUAAAUGGUAAUGAUUUAUCCCCUUCUACUCAAACCCAGGACUUUCUUGAGAAAGAGAUAGAACAUCUACGGAAGGAACUUUAUCAAGUGAAUGUGGAACUUCAUACAUUGCAAGUGAACAAUGAUAAACAAAGGGUCGCAUUGGAGAAUAAUACGGCAGAUGUUGCACGACUCCGAAAUGCUUGCGCUGAGCUUGCACUAGGAACUAAAGAAAUAUGGGAACGUUCAGAACACAUGAGCCAGGAGCUGAAUGAUUGUAUGCAUACCUUUCAGCAAAUUGUAAACACCAGAGAAGGGAAUAAUAAGAGUAAUGUAUCUGGUAAGAAAAAAAAUUUAGAACAAAUACACAGAGAAGAUAUAUCAAACUUACAAGUUGCUCAAUUACUCCAUGGAAAGACAUGUAAUCUUCUACGGUCUCAUUCUUUUCAGUCAUGGCUUGCAUGGACACGGGGACGCUGUCAAGUGCGACGAGACAAGACGAUGUUGAACCUUUUCACGAAACAGCGCAAUCAACUCAGUGAUGUUUCGUUGUUGCUACACAAACUUCAGGAAAGCCUUCACCAUAAUACAUGA